UCUCUCUGUUAAAUGUUUCGACUGUCGCGAAACACGAAUCGAUUAUUGUAACAGCGGAAUUAAAUCUGCGUCCAUUUAUUCUUCGUGCGCUCUUUUAAAAGCGAUUAAUCGGUGCAGCGAAUCGAUUGAAUCGCCACGGCCGCGCGAAUCAGCGGAGCGCGAACUCGGACGCGGAGUCCCGGAGGCGCGAAUCAAAGACCGCGAAUCCGCGACUGAGGACGCGGGACCCCACGGCUACACGUGUUUGGGGCAGCAUCUGCACAGCACCGCGGAAUUUGGGUUACGGGGCAGUUGUGAGUGUGUGGGGGGCACGGGGCAGCUUUGAGUGUGUGGGGGGCACGGGGCAGUGUGUGGGGUGGGGGGUGGGCAAGGCUCAGGACAGGGCAGGAGGAGCGAGGCGAUAUCAGGCGCGGGAACAGCAGCGGAGGAAAGGAUCACCACCCUGACCCCGUCCAUCACCCGUGACCCCGAGUGACCCCCUGGACACGAUCGCCACGAUGGCGCAGGGAGGUCAGCGACGACCUCCGCGCCUGCUUGCGGUGUCGGGGUCCUUCCGCUUGCGACGACCCCUGCUGCGACCCCUGCUGCGACCCCUGCUGCGACCCCUGCUGCGACCCCUGCUGCGACCCCUGCUGCGACCCCUGCUGCGACCCCUGCUGCGACCCCUGCUGCGACCCCUGGGACUCCUGCGAGAGGACCCCCGGCACCGACGCCGGGUCACCCUGGCGCGACGAAGAUUGGUGACGCGUGGGGUCGGCACGUGGGUCAGGAGAAGGGUCAGCAGUGAUGAUGAUGAUGUUGGUGAUGAUGUUGGUGAUGAUGUUGGUGAUGAUGUUUGUGAUGACCCCGUGAAUUCGGAGCCACAGUCGGGAGGCGAGGGACCCACCGCAGAGGAGAUGGAACCGCAAUCGGGCUCCGGAACGGGGCCAGAGGAAUGGACAUCGACUGAUGCCGAAAAAUUCGGCAUUGACAGCGAAGAUGAAGAGGUGGACGAGGGGCAUGAAAAGGUAGAUGAGAUGGAGGAAAUGGAAGAGGAUGACGAGAUGGACAGGGCAGAUGGUCGUGAAGAAUUGGGCAAGGUGGGGGACACUGAAGACGUGGAGGAGGAUGACGAAGAGGUGGAAGAGGAGGAAGACGAGGUGGACGAGGUGAAGGAGGAGGAGCCGGAAAGCGGCGGGUAUCGCCUCGCAGAGGGAGACCGCGUUGCCGUGGUGAUGGACCCCGGUCAGACCCUGACGUUGCAUGGCUGCUGCGAGCUGCGCUGCCUGCGGGGCCGGCUGGAGCUGCUGGGAUUCGAGCUGGCGCCAUCCCACGCGCCCACGGAGCUCCUGUCGCCGCGGACGCACCGCGCGCUCUCACUGCGCGCCCUGCCGGACCCCCACGGGGACCCCCACGGGGACCUCCACGGGCAAGGGGAUGGAACGUCUCGGCUGCGCCAGUCGCUCACCGCCGCCUCCUUCAGUGCCGGCGCGGUGGAGCGGAUAUUGCGGUGGCGGCGCGGUGGCGAUGGUGGCACUGGUGGCGGUGGUAGUGGGGUCACCGCAGGGUCAGCGGUGCUGGUCCUGCGCCGGCUACACUCGCCGCUCGUCCGCUUCCUCUCCGAGUUCUCUCCCACCCCGCGCCUCCUCUCCCCCAGCUCGGGGCACCCCCACAGGAGCCGGGGACCGCUACACGCGGCUGGGGUGGAGGAGGUGGGGGAGACGGAGGGGAUCGCAGUGUCCGAGAGCUACAGACACGCCAUCGACACCAUCGUCACUGCGUGCCGCAGAGAGGAGGGGGUGCACUACCCCGUGGUGCUCGUGUGCGGCAAGAGGAACUCUGGGAAAUCCACGUUCAACCGCUUCCUCCUCAACUCCCUCCUCAAUCAUAUGUCACGAGUACAGUACCUGGAGUGCGACGUGGGGCAGACGGAGUUCACUCCGCCCGGCUGCAUAUCUCUCCACGACGUCACGCAGCCGCUCUUCGGUCCCCCGUUUGGGCACCCCCGCGAGGCGGCGAGCUGCGUGUUCUACGGCGACGUGAGCCCCGAGCGGGACCCCAGCCGCUACGUCGCGUCGGUUCGGAGCGUCGUCCUCGCCAGCGGCACCCGACGCCUCGCGCCGCUCAUCGUCAACACCAUGGGAUGGGUGCAAGGUAACGGGCUGGCACUGCUCGUGGACCUGUGCCGGAUGCUGCGCCCAAGCCACGUGGUGCAGAUGAGCCCCAAAGGUGUGGAGGCCCAGCCCUUGACGGCCGCCACCCUGCGCGCCCUGCACGGCUGGGAGACGGCGCCCGAGGAGGACAGCCACGAUCGCGACGACGACGACGAGGAGGACGAGGAGGAGGAGGAGGAGGGGGAUGAGGAGGAGGAGAGGGAUCACAAGCUGCUGGAAGUCGUCAACAAUUUUGCUUCCAUCAAGGGAUACAGGGCCAUGCCGGUGCCCAGCAAUGUGCUGCGGGAGCUGUCCCUGUUGGCCUACCUGAGCCAGCUGCAGCCGCCCGGAGCCAGGGCCCUGUGGCCCCUUCACCGGCUGCCUCCCUACGAGGUGCCGCUCUCCGCCGUGGCGCUGCACUGCGCGCCGGGCGCCGUGGCCCCCGCCCACAUCCUCUACGCCCUCAACGCCCGCGUCGUGGGACUCUGCCGGGCCCCCCCGGGCCUCCCACUGCGCCCCUCCCCCACGGUCCCCCCGAACGCCCCCCUCAUCGUGCACGGGGACCUCCCCCCCUGCCGCUGCUACGGCCUCGGCGUGGUGCGCGGGGUGGACGCUCCCCGCGGCACGCUGCUCGUCCUCACCCCGCUCGCCCCCGCGCGCCUCCGCCUCGUCAACCUCCUCGUCCUCGGCAACGUGCCGCUCCCUCCGCUCCUCCUCAAGAAGCAGCACGGCGUGCCGGGCGAGUUGCCCUACGUCUCGGACCUCUACUCCGUGCGUCUCGCCGGCUCCGGGCAACUCCGCAUCGCUCGCAACAGCAAGAGAGCGGGGCAGCAAGCGCAGUCGUGACGCCGGCACUUCACGCCAGCACCACGCAACAUCUCACAGCAUCACACCACAUCUCACAACAUCACAUCACAUCUCACAACAUCACACCAGCAUCACGCAACAUCUUACAGCAGCAUAGCACAUCUCACAGCACCACAGCAGCAUCACGCAACAUCACACAGGAUCACACCACAUCUCACAUCACACCACAUCUCACACCAGCAUCACAACAACACACUGGGUCACACCGGCAAAUGAGGACUGGCCCAUUACACAGCUUAUUACUUGAUCAACAUCGCCAUCACAUCACACAUCACGUGGCGUCUGUGCUCGUGUAAAGUUUUUUAAAA